UCUCUUCCAGAAUCUACAAUCUUGUUCAAAGAUGUAUGAUGUCUUAUCAGUUCCGUUUGGCAAUUGGGUGGGUAAUGGCCGUGUUCUUCAAUUCAAAUGGUCGAAACCAAAUUGUACAGAAUGUGAAGCAGAGGGAAAGAGGUGUAGAUGGAAGAACAAUGGCACCAACAGUGAAAUUGAAUGUCAACACGUGAGGAAACCAAGCAACACAUGGAAAUUAGUGGUUACAGGUGGAAUCCUGGGAUCUUUGCUUCUUGUUCUACUGAUGAUUGCAGCAUAUCGGGUAUAUAGAGCUGAUAGGAAGGAAAAAGAGAGUCGAUUAAGAAUUGAAAGAUUCUUGGAGGAUUACAAAGCACUCAAACCAAGCAGGUACUUGUACGCGGAUAUUAGGAGGAUUACAAAUCAAUUCAAGGGCAAGUUGGGCCAAGGAGCCUAUGGAACUGUCUUCAAAGGAAAGCUCUCUUCCGAGUUCUUUAUUGCUGUCAAAGUCCUCAACAGUUCUAAGGGAGAUGGGGAAGAGUUCGUAAAUGAAGUGCGAACGAUGGGUCAAAUCCACCACGUCAACGUGGCUCGCUUGGUUGGAUUUUGUGCUGAUGGAUUUGUACGAGCUCUUGUUUAUGAAUUCUUCCCCAAUGGUUCCUUGCAGGAUUUCAUUUCAUCUGCAGAUAGUAAGAAUUUCUUUCUUGGUUGGGAUAAGUUGCAAGAUAUUGCACUAGGAAUAGCCAAAGGAAUUGACUAUCUUCAUCAAGGAUGCGAUCAACGAAUCCUGCAUUUCGAUAUCAAGCCCCAUAAUAUUUUGCUAGACCAAAACUUCACUCCAAAAAUUUCUGAUUUUGGUUUGGCCAAGUUAUGUUCCAAGGAUCAAAGCAUGGUGUCUAUGACUACAGCUAGGGGGACCAUGGGGUACAUUGCACCCGAAGUGUUCUCCAGGAAUUUCGGAAAUGUGUCUUACAAGGCAGACGUUUAUAGCUUUGGAAUGCUGCUGAUCGAGAUGGUAGGAGGAAGGAAGAAUAUUGGUUCAACCAUAGAGAACACCAUAAAUGAAAUUUACUAUCCACAGUGGAUUUAUAAUCUUCUAGAGGAAGGGGAUGACCUACGAAUCCAUAUUGGGGACGAAGGAGAUGGUAAAAUUCCAAAGAAACUUGCAAUUGUAGGGCUAUGGUGUAUCCAAUGGCACCCGGUGGAUCGUCCUGCCAUGAAAACAGCGGUUCAGAUGUUAGAAGGAGAAGGAGAAAGCUUGACCAUGCCGCCUAAUCCCUUUGCGCCUACAGGUCCUACAACUAGAAAUGGGAGCAUUCCAGCAAGGCGCCUAGAGUUGGAAGCAAUUGCUGAACUAGAGUAGAUAUGUGUGUGUAUGAACACCAAUGUAUGUAAGAUACUAAGAUUAACAUUGAACGUGCAAUCUUUCAGACCUAAAUUAAGGGAAUCUUUUUUUUUUUUUUUUUUUUUCCAACACCUGUAUGCUGUAUGUUUCAACAAUUUGAGGUACUCAAAUUCAUGGAAUGUAAAUCAACUAAAAAUUGAAAGAUUUUGGAAUUAUGUGUGGUGUCUGAAGAUAUGUACUUUUAUUAAAUUUAUAAGGAAGAUGAGAAUGGAGUGUAACAGUUUCAACGGUUUGUGAAGGAGAGUGAUUUUCAAAUAUUAUUUCCUUCCACUGCA